CGAUCGAUAAAGAACGCUUUUGUGAACAAGAAAAGCUGGACGAUUGUGCUCUCGGCAUUUAGUUUUUCGUUGACUUAUAUACCCUUAUGGAUCAAACAAAUAAAUAAACUAAACAUACAUCAAAUUAAAAUGAGAUCAAGCCGAAUGUCGACGAGUCUCUACAACUAUCUUCUUGGGGGUGGAUCCAAAAGUUCUUUCAAAAAAGUCUUUCUUCUAUCUCUAUUGUUCGCCAUCACAGUCUGGAUUUACAGCUUCGUUAGGUUCAAUGCUGUUUACCAUGACCACUGUUUACACUGGUCAGAAACAUCCGACAUUAGUAUACCACAAGAUGAGCAGCUUCAUCAAAUGUCUCUAUAUAGGCUCUCAUGUUUAUAUCAGCGCUACGUCACUUCCCUUCAAAGUUUGUGUACAGAACCUAAGCGUUUUGGAAACGUAGAUUACGGUGGUGUUCGAAUUUGCGCGGAUGGCGGUGUUGCACCUAGUUUGAAUUGUGUUGUAUACAGCUAUAAUCAUGGUUUAAGUGAUAGGUUUGUUGAGCAGAUACAUGCCAAAUACAGGUGUAACGUUGUCUUCUAUGGAAAUGAAAUGGAACCGCGAAAAUAUACACACUUUUUAAGAUUUAAUAAAAUUUUAUACAACUACGAAAGAGAACUUAGCGUAGUAAUUCUUAAAAUCAAAUCUAGUGAUUUUCCGUUUCUAUUAGAUUUUAGCAAAAGUGUUAGAGUAGCCAGUAUAAAACAAAUUAUUUUAGAGAUUCACUAUGACACAAAAAAGGAAAAGCCAGAAGAUUAUAUUAUGUUGCUUACAGCACUACGUGAAUUACACUCUUCUAAUUACGUAAUAUAUUGGUACGACAGAAACUGGGAAUAUGUUGAAAACAGUAGGACAAAACAACGAAAAUCAAAAUGCUUUACGAUCAAUAUGUUUCUGAAAAAUCAAAAUAUUUCAUCCUCGUCUCAGCAUGAAUCAAAUAUGAUUUCACCGAAAAUAAAUUUACCAGAUAUAGCUCCACUGGGAAUACGUCCUCUAGGUCGAGAGGAAGGUUUAAAAUACGAAAAGAUGUUCAAUGAUUAUAUAACAAAACACCAAAUUCUCUGCAAACAGAUGAUCCGUUUGGGGAAUAUUGUGGACGGAGGAUGGGACGUAUGUCAUGAUUUCCGGUUCCGGCCGAAAACACCUUGCAUAGUGUAUUCCAUUGGAAUAAGUAACGACUUUUCAUUUGAUGAGGACAUGGAGAAAACUUACGGAUGUGACGUAUAUUCAUUUGAUCCGAGUAUGAAUGUCGGUAAUUAUAAACAUUCGGAACACAUCAUGUUUUAUCAAGUUGGACUCGGCGACAAAGUUAGUGAGAUCGAAGUGAAAGGGUUAAAAUGGAAAAUUAAAAACUUGAAGACAAUAAUGAAGGAGUUAGGUCAUACAGAGAAAAAGAUUGAUGUGCUUAAAAUAGAUAUAGAAGGGAGUGAAAGACAGAGUCUUCCGGAAAUAAUAGAAUCCGGUGCUCUAAAAAACGUAGUUCAACUUUGUCUGGAAUUUCAUAGCUAUAUUGACGUUGGUGCCAUGAGAAAACUUUAUGAGCUCGGGUUUAGAAUAUAUUGGGCCCACCAGAAUCCUACAGCGCCUAUGUACAAGAGCGAUGAGACUUUUUCUUAUGGAAUGGAAGUAUAUUUUGUAAAUAUUAACUUUAAAUAGAUUUAAUUAUUUAAAAUUUCAUAUUAAUUAUUUUAAAAAUUGUUACUUUUUAUUUGUUGGUUGUUAAAAGUUGAAUCGGAUUGUACAUGUAUAGCCUUAGUAUAAAAGGUUCAAUGCAUUCA